UCGUUUUUAGUGGAAGGAUCAAGUAGCCUCUGGUGGGUGGGUGGAAUCAUUAAAGAUUUAACAAGAGGAAAAUAGGAUAUGCUGCUUUCUCUUUAACACACUCCUGAAAUUUUAAAAAACUUACUGAAACAAAAUGGAAGGUUCUCUGGAAGAGGAGGAUGACAGCUUUACUAACAUUUCCUUGGCUGAUGACUCAGCAGAGUACAUUUCUGAAGUACAAGAUUCACCAGUCGAUUGGAUUUGUUCAACGAUGAUGAAUGCGGAUAUGGAUGCUGUUGAGGCUGAAAAUCAAGUGGAAUUGGAAGAAAAGACACGACUUAUUAAUCAAGUUUUGGAACUCCAGCAUACACUUGAAGAUCUGUCUGCAAGAGUAGAUGCUGUUAAAGAAGAAAACCUGAAACUGAAAUCAGAAAAUCAAGUUCUUGGACAAUAUAUAGAAAAUCUCAUGUCUGCCUCUAGUGUUUUUCAGACUACUGACACAAAAAGCAAACGAAAGUAAGGCAUUGGUAACCAAACUGUAACAUGGUAUUGCUGCUGCUUUUGUUUAAUUUUUAAAUUGCGUAUGGAUACAUGACUUAAGUUAGUUUGUAGCAUCAUUGAAUAUUUGAAGAUUUAUUGGCAGUGCUAGACAAUUUUAAAGUUUUAAACGAACAACUGGGCAGUGCAAGUCUAUUGUGUUAGCUUUCAACAAUGUGCAGAGGUAGCGUAGAGGAAAUAUUUAUUACAGUUUGAAGGCAAGAGUUUUCAGCUCGGCUUUUAUGUUAGUCAAAACAUGUCAUAAGCUGCCAAGUACUUUAGUUAUCUUAAUUUUUACAGUGGUACUACUGU